GCAGAGGGGAGAGCUGCACUCUCUUCCUUCCUUGUUUUCCACGAGCCCUGUGGGAUAGGAAGGACUCUAGGACUUUCUGACGCUAACUAAUCAUCUCAAGAGCUUUGACAAACUCACUUUGGUUCUGUGUAAAAUCAGAGCUUCAACGCCCAGGCGGCUCUGCUCAGCCCCUCCCCUCCGGCUUCGUGCAGGCUUUCUCACAUGCAAACUUCUCGGAGGCAGGAAAUACUUUGCAGGCAAUCUGGGCCUGCUGGUGGAGGCCCCUCUCUCGCAAAACAUCAGUCUGCAUUUAGAGGACAGAAGUCACUAGGAACGCCUUGACAGGAUCCGGCGUUAGCUGAGGCUCUCUCCAGCUGCAGAGGGGGUUUUUUGUUAGAAUCACACACUGCGUUAAGGAGAACUGCUCAGAAUAGAGCCGUGACCUCAGCCAGCAAUGUGAACUUAGAUUUUUUGGAGCCGCUAACCGGGACAGACUCCUCUCCUAGCCUGGCUGGAAUAGCAUCAUGCCUUGGCGGUAACAGCAACUCCUGGUCCAGUGGACAACAUGGCAGAUCACACUCUCUUCCUUGACCCAUGCAUUUGAAAUCUUCUUUCCCCGACUUCCAUCCCUUUGAGUGUCAUAUGGAAUGUAUCUCCUUGUCUGCUGUUAAACUAUGAUGACAUGUCUGUAGCUAUCAGAAAGAGGAGCUGGGAAGAGCACGUGACCCAGCAGACCGAACAGCCUUUUAUUUCUGAUGAGUAUGACAUAGCAUGUCACCACGGACUGGCAUCCGACAGCUUGGAGGGAAGGAUGGAAAAAGAUGCGACCUUAAAUGUGGACCAUAAAGAGAAGUGUGCCUCUCUACCGGACCGCUGUUGUGGGUCAGAGACAAGAGACUUUCCUGGGAGGCCAAUGGGUCACAUUGCACAGGAGGUAGAUGAAAGUGACAGCCAAGAAGGGGAAGAGCGGUUUCUAUCGCUCGAGGCCAGCACAGAAACACUAGUGCACAUUUCGGAUGAGGAUACUGAUUCUGAUCUAAACCUUAUCAAUGACUCACAGAUUUUAACUCCGCAAAGACAUGAAAGAGACAGCCAAGAUAGUGUCAAAGGAGCAGGCUCCUUCAUGAAGACACUGUCCACCAUGCAAAGUAGCCAAGAUUCUCAUAACACCUGGAGGAUGGCUGGUAAGGCUGAUAUGUCUCCAGCAGAAGGAAGUGGAGAAAGGAAAGAUGUUGAGGCUAUAAAUAAAAGCCUGGGGCUUUGUAAGAAUACGAGUGCAGAUGAAACAAAAGAUGUGCCCAUAGGAAAUACAUUCCAGUCUUUGAAUACGGAAGAUGACGUCACUCCUAAGACACUACUACUUGAUUCUUCGGUACUCAUAGAAGAUGUCACACCUGAGACACAACUGCUUGAUUCUGCAGUCAUCACUCAACAAUGCAGGAAAUCUGACUUCCCUAAAGAUGACCAGGAAAAUAAUCGGCACCAUGUCUUAGAAGAAGACGUCUUAGCAGCUCCUUAUGUAGACAGAGGGCUGCCAUUAUUAAAAGCAGAUUGCAGAAGCAGCCUUCUUCAGCCUCCUUCCUGCCCUGGUGGGAUGUCAGCAGAAAAUGACCUGGAGAAGAGUGGAUUCUCAGAAUAUCAAAACAAAAGCACUCUCGGGGUCAGCAGGGAAGAUGGCAUGCAGUGUUUACACUUAAGGGGCCCCGUGACCACCCAGGAGACUGUAGACAAUCAAGUCAGACUGCGCAAGAGAAAGGAAACAAGGGAAGAUCGAGACAGGACACGGCUGGACUCCAUGGUGCUGCUCAUUAUGAAACUGGACCAACUAGACCAAGACAUAGAGAAUGCUCUCAGCACUGCCUCCUCUCCAUCCAGCACCCCAACGAACCUGCGGCGGCAUGUCCCUGAUCUGGAAUCAGGAUCUGAAAGCAGAACAGACAGUAUGGCAGUAAAUCAGACACAGGUGAAUCUGUCUUCAGAGUCCACCGAUCCAUCAUCCACUCCAGGGAGCAAUUCUGGAACCAAACCCAAAGCCAUGCCUUGCCUUAUCCAGACACACCACAGAGGUGAUGUAAUUGGUCCCUGGACCUUUCAGGAAGACACACAGGGAGCUCACGUCUCUUUCUCCAGCCUUCAGUUGGGCAUUUUGAGCAUCACGGGGUCACUUAUUGCACAACCAUUCCAGAAGAAACUCAGAAAAACUACCAGGAAAUAUUCUAAAGCAUCCCCCACAUUGGAUUUACAGAUGGGCUCAUUAAGCAACUUAUAAUUUACUUCUCAGAGGAAAAGCAAAACCAAGACAAAAUCAUUCCACAGCAUUUAUUCGAAUGUUUCCAGAGGCUUCCAGAACGCUCGAAUGUGUUCUCUAAAUUCUCUAUUUUCAAGUACUUUCUUGACCCAGGUGACUCAAGGCUAGAAAUACUACAAAACUAAAAGUCUUUGAAAGAGAUUGAACAGGGCCCACAAUGCUUUAUGCUGGCGGGACAACACACUGAUCCACUCCAGAACAGCUUUCAAAAAUGGCUAAAGUCAGAGCUGGGGUGAUGGCUGUCAGUAAGGAGCUUACCACACAAGUAUAAAGAUUUGUGUUCAAACUUAGUACCACGUGAAAAAUGGGCAUAGAGAUACACAUGUAUAGCCCCACUACUGUGUAAGCAAAGACAAGCAAAUCCCUGGAGCUGUCUAUCCAGCCAGUAAGUCAACUUCUCUUUCAGUGAGAUAUCUAGAGUCUCAAAAAAAUAGAGUGGAGAUUGUGAUGGCUUGUAUAUGCUCAGCCGAGGGAGUGACACUAUUAGAAGGUGUGGCCCUGUUGGUGUAGGUGUGUCACUAUGAGUGUGGGCUUUAAGACCCUCAUCCUAGCUGCUUGGAAGUCAGUCUUGUCUUAGCAGCAUUCAGAUGAAGAUGCAGACCUCUCAGUUCCUCCAGAACUAUGCAUACCUGGAUAUUGCCAUGUUCCCACCUUGACAAUAUGGACUGAACCACUGAGCCUGUAAGCCAACCCAGAUUAAAUGUUGUCCUUAUAAGAUUUGCCUUGGUCAUGGUGUCUGUUCACAGCAGUAAAACUCUGACUGAGGCAGAGAUGUUCUGGGGAAGACCCCCACUGCCAACCUCUGGCUUCCAACUACAUGCAUAACCCUACACUAAGAGACCUUCUGUAGGCCUUUGGCUUCUACCUUCAUGAGCACACUCAUUACCCAACACACACACAAACACACACACACACUCACAAUCAAACAUAACACAUAAACAUAUUACAUUUUUUAAAGUGUGGUCCCACAGAAAUAGCUCUAUCUAUAAAAUGUUUUCUGCACAAACAUGAGGACCUGAGCUGGAUUUCUCAAUACCCAUGUACAAGUUGGGCACAAUGGCACACAUCUACAUGCCCAGAACUGGUGGUAGGGGUGUUGUGGGAGGAAGGACAUUGGUCAACCAGCACAGUUGCUCUGACGGACUCCAUGUUCAGUGAGAGUUCUUGUUUCAGAAACUAAGAUAAGGAAUGAUUGAGGAAGCUACUCAAUGUUGAUCUAUAGCUCACACACACACACACACACACACACACACACACAUACUACUCUAAGCAUUUUUUAAAACAAAUGCAAUUUUAUUGUAAAAUAUUCUGUUCAGAACUUUACUGCAUGUGAUUUGGAGUCACUAAAAUGCUGGAGUAAUUUAGCAGUUUAAUGGGGAGUGGGAUUGUUAUAUGAACACUGAAGUCAACCUAAUAUGUUUGAGUCCUCAUGUUCAGAAAGACCAUGUUGUUCUGUGGUCUCAUCCUGGAUGUGUGAUGUCAAGAAGCAGACUGUCAUAUAGGAAUAGAACUGUCUAAGACAAGAAGCUAGUAUCAAUAGUCUGUCUGUGUAUAUGUAUAUUAUGUAAAGAUAUUUAUCUGAAGUCUAACAAAUUUCAAAAAGUAUAUUAUAUUUUAAGCAGUACAAAACAUCCCAGGAUUUGCUGUUUAUGGAAAACAUUUUUGUUUCCUGGUGGUUUCUCUUUUCUUUCCUCCACUUAACUAAAACAUUAUUUUGGUUUUGGUUUGUUUGAAGAUUUCUUUUGUUCCAUCACUUCUAAAAUAGCAAAUGGAAAUUCAUGGGGGCGGGGGUGCACAUCACAGCCCUAGAAUUUGUGCUCAGCAUGUAUGAGCACCCUGAUUCACUCUCCAGCACCCCACAAAACAAGGGCAUAGGGGCACUGAGCAUAAAUCCAUUGCAGAGCAAAUAGAAAUCAGCUUAUGGGAACCUGGUAGGGUUGACUUUUCAGUUUGUCUGCUUACUCAGUUGUUUUGAGAUAAUGUUUUGUUGUGAGAUAAAUUUUGCUAUGUAUUUCAAUCUGACCUCAAACAUUGUGUAGGUUGGCCUCAAACUUAUGACCCUCCUGCCUCAGACUCCCAAGUGCUGGGAUGACAGGUGUGUACCACCGUGUUUUUCCCUCCUUGAUUCUCCACAGCCAUAGAUGUUUCAGCAAAAUGCAAAUCUUUAUCUCAACCAGUCUUUAUCUUAUACAUUCUUUCUUUCCCUUCCAAGUUGCCUUCCACUAUUGUUAUUUUUGCUAUUACCACACUGUAUAGCUUGCAAUUCCUUCUCUGUGUUCCCAGGUCAUAACUUCAUAAGCCUUCCUCAAAAUAAAUUAUAUUACAAAAAAAACACCAUACUUUCUGUUGUCCAUCAGUAUUUUCUCGACACAAAGCAAGUCAGAGUGGCACCCGUCACUCACAGCAAGGAAACUGUAGCUCCAAAACAAAGAUAAUUUUAGUUUAAAAUGUAUUUCAGAAUUUGGAACUGAUACUUGUUUCAUCUUCUUCCGUCUUUAAGGUCUUUUAAGCUAAUAAUAAAGCAUGCGUGUCUAUUCAAGGGUUUAGGAGACGUGCUACCAAUGUGAUGCACUUACCCUGGCCUAUGACCAGGCUCUCACUGUAUGACCCAUUCCAAUAGAAAAUAGAAGACAUUCCAAUAGAAAAACCAACAUGACUGUGUCAGUCGCUUUUUUUUUUUCUGUCAUUGUAUCAAGUCACUGAAACACCAGCUCCAAGGAAGGAAUUGCUUGGCUCCUGGUUUCAUGGUAUUCAGUGUCUGGUGAUGUAGUGCCAGGUUUCUAGGCACAUUGUAAAGCAAAGCAUUGAGGCAGCAGAAGUAUGGGAAGUAGGAGGCUAUUCGGUUUGUGGUAGACGAAAAAUAGACAGAAAUGAAAGGGACUUGAGAAGCAGGCAGGAGCCUCGGAGCCUUUCUCCCUGGGAUCUCCUUCCUCCAGCUUGGCCCCAUAUCGAAACAUUUCCAUAAUUUCCUGAAGUAGCACCACCAGCUGAAGACUAAGUGUUCAAUUCUCAUAGGGUAUGCUUCCUUUUCAGGCUGUAGCAGUAGCCAAGCUAAGUCACAAAAUGACAAAAAUUAAAUGACGAGUUUAAGCUUGCUUACGGAAAAUCUUCUAUAGAUUCCCCCUUUAUAACAAAUGUGUAGACUUAGCGACUAAGGCUCUUCAUUAACUGAAGCUGGGAAGUAACCAAAGUCUCUGGGCCCAGAAGAACCUGUCUCCAAGGACCCGUGAUUCUCCCUUUUCAGCCAGGCCUUUUUUCCUCCUGAUUCGGAUGGUGCUUCUUUGAAGCGUUUGGUGGCAUAUUCUUAGCUUGAACUCUUUUCUGUUCCAUUUCUACGUAUUAUGUUUAUCUUUCCCUACUUUCAGACUGUGAACGGUCUUCAGAGUGAGGAAAAGCUUUGGAGGGCCCAUUUGUUUCCAGGCUCACGACACAUCUCUUGAAAGAGAAGGCAUUUGGAAUGGGCCUGCUCAGCCUACCCUGUCAGACAGUCUGAAGAAAGGCUUAGCAAGCAAACAAGACAAAAAUGGAAAUGAAGGUCCUGGGAGUGGGGGUGGGGGUAGGGACAGUGGUAUAUGAAACCCAAAGCUCUCAAUAGACAACCACAUCAUACCUUCUCUCAUUAAAGGUAUCUUAUGCCCAUGAUCUAGGGUCUCUGACCACAAUGCAGGAAUACCACACACAACCCAGGAUUAGCAAUGAGCCCAUGGAGGAAGGCUAGCAGUGACAGGACAGAAUGUGAUGGUCCAUUCAAUUACCUAUAGUUAAUAUUCACUCAAAUUCCCCAAAGACACAAAGGUCUCCUAAAUACUUGAGAGAUUAGGCAAACUUAUCAAGUGUUCUAAUGACAUCAGCUCUUGUUUUCUGAAAAUUUUACAAGGAUUGAGUCUAAUACUUGAUCAAGAUAUGUGCAUGUAGCCUGCUGAAGCUUUACCUUAGCCAGAUUUGGCUGAAUUCUUUUAAUUAUUAAAAUUUAAUAUCACAUGAGUAAAAAAAAAAAACCUUGUUUUAGGACAGUGUAUAUGAAUCAGGACUCCUUUCUCGAUUCCAGAUACAAAUAAAUAAUCAGAUAUGGAUGUCACAUACUCUUGUAUACAUCAGUCAAUGAGAACUACUUGACAUAUGAAAGAUAUUUUACAUAAGGAGGACAAGAAGCAAGAAAAUAUUUAUGCUACUUCUGUCCUUAAGGCAAAAAAGAGUUUGAUUGGACAAGUAAGGCUGAUAUUCAUAAUAUACAAGGCUAUACAACUAGGUUUUAAGUAAUAAGAGGAGAAAAAUCAAAGAAGUAUUAGUAUUUCCUAAUCACAUGGAUGAUGAGGCACCGAGCAUAACUGAAGUUCAUGUAAUCCCCAACUCAAUAAACACAUGGAAAUAUCUAGGAGUUAUUUUGUGUUUUUCUAGACCUCUUGGCAGAUUUGAUGGGCAGAACCCAAAUACGGAUAGAACUUCCCACAUAAAUGUCAAGAUAACGAUGUCUUGAAACAGCUUGAAGAUGGCCAGGAUUCCUUUUAACCCACAUGAUGUAGUAACAGCAAGGUGUAUCCUAGCAAUGUCCAGCAAUGCCUUGAGACAUUUGUCUACUGUCCCAGCCUCUGUACCAAUACUGCUGUCUUCUGAGUUUAUAUAUUGUGAUAUGGGACCAUUGGAAUACUCUUGAGACAUCAAUAAGAUGCUCAUAAACCCAGAAAGCAAUACCUGUUUAAAGAACCAACAUGAGGAGAGGGAAUAUAAGGGUUUUUUUUUUCUCCCAGUCAGAUGGUCAUGAGCCAUUGCAAGGCAAGACGUUGAUCUGUUGUAUUUUUCCAGGUCUGAGUUGUCUCCUGUAAUACUCUCAAAGAAGGAAAUGGAUGGAUUCAUAUCCUCACCAAGGAUACAAAGAUAACCAUCUUUGUCUCCCUCCCUCCUGCUCGCUCUUCAGCUUACUGCUAUGCCAUCUGUCCCCAGCACAUUCCCACAGUUGCAAUAUUUAUUUUGGAAACUGGAACUCUGCUAGGAAGCAUGGUCAUGUCUCUAUUGUCACCUGGCUUGGUGUCAUCUCGACUCUGCACAAUCCCUGUCUUAUUUUCACAAAUCUUUCUUCUCUGUACUAUCACUCAUGAGUUCCCAUUACAUUCCCAUUCUCCAGUCUCAGCUGCAGACCUUUCCCUUUUCAUACUCCAUAACUACAAUGUCUUCCCAUUCAAGCUUCAGGUUUACAUUUGUAUAUCAUCCCAGACCUUGACUCUGACCUCCAGACCUCUCUGAUGUUUAAGAGUCUCACUAUUCUACAUUUUUUUUCAGUGAAACUUGUGCAAAGCCAAGGUCCGUUCCUCAUCACCCAGCCUAAUCCACCAGAAGAUUUCUCUACAUAGACAAUAUUAGAGUAGACAAAACUACAUAGACAGUACUUGAUUCUGUAAAGGUUUGUAUGUCAGGAAGCUAAAGAUGUUUAAUAGUACCCUGCCCCAUGCUUCCAUUGAAUGCACAUCUGCUGAUGAUUCUUUACUCAUACAUAAUUCAUGCAUGUCACUCCUUCCUGCCCUGACCCCGGUCCACUUCAACCUUUUCUCUUUCCUGACCUUUUACUCUUUGUACUAUCUCAGCUCAUUUUCUUCUUUGGAUACAUUCUUCUCAUAGCAAGAACAAUCUAUUAAAACCAAAGCUCCCUUAACACAUCUCCUUAAAACUGAUAGAUAAAUAGCUCGGAGUCAUGAUGCUUUUAAUCACAGUACUGGAGAGGCUCACUCAGGUGACGGUGAUUUCAAGGCCAGUCUUAUCUACAGAGCAAGUUCAGAGCCAGCAGGAGAUAGAUAAUGAGGCUCUGGCAAAUGUUCAAAGCUAACCAUAACCUACAAGGUCAUGUUUCACCUCGUGUAUUAGUCAUUUUUCUCAUUGAGGCAACAGGUACACAACAGAAGCAGCUUAGAACAAGAAGGAUUUAUCUUGCUUUACACUCUCAUGGCAAGAACGAUGUGGCUGUGCUACUCCACACAAUGGAUAAGGCUCCUGAGCUGGUCAAGGUGUGUGAGGAUGCUCAUAUCUCAGCAUUACAGGAAACAGAAAGCUGAGGCCAGAACUUAGCUGGGUUAUGAUUCCCAAGAUUCUCAUCUCAGCCAUACACGUCCACUAAUGAAGAAUCAUCCCCUAGAGGUCCCACAAACUCCAACAAUAGCAACAACUGCCAGGGACCAUUUGUUCAAAUACAUACACACAGGGAACAUUUUUUUAAUUCAAAAGGAGUACCUAGUCCCUCCCUAUUUCUACAGCAUCCUCUCCAGCCAUGCUUAGAUUCUAACCCAAUUCAAUUUUUUAUGUCCUUAAAAAAAAACCCAAGCCUGGAAACUUUGCAUCUGGAAGCUUUCACUCUUAAAUGUGAACAUUUCUUUAUCUAGUUAAUUUUUAGGUGUCAGAAUUCUUGUAUAGCAAAACUAAAUGAGGUUGUCCUCUUUGAAAUUUUCUUGCAGCAUUCUUCACAACAUGGAAGUGUCUGUUAGGUGAUUCUUUUAACUACUAGGAUUCACUACUAUCCUUUGCAUUCCAUCAGGCUGAAGACUAUAUGGAUACUAGUUCACCAUCAAUAAUCCCAGUGCAUAGCACAGUAUAUGGUUCAUAGAGAAGCCUCAGCCUUAGCAAGUAGGGGAGAGAUAUAGCACAGUAAGAGAGAUGAAACAGGAAGCAACUUUCAUGAUUCUUCAAAUAUAGGGCACAAAACAUCGGGAAAAUGCACUUGCAUCCAUCUGUAAGUGCAGACAUUUCUACCUCAGGUCUGGAAUUGAUCUCUGUUGAGCAAUAGCCCACUUGAGGGACUGACACUUAAAUACCUGCCCCAAACUACCAAAAACAGAUCACAAACCACCUGGAAAGUGACCAUAGCAGUUCAUGAAAGCCAACUAGUAUGCCUCUGAGCUUAGAAAGCAACACCAUUACUGCCUUGAAAGUUACAGAAAAUAAAAUUCAUAGAUAAUCUCCAGUAUAGACCUAUGGCUCCAUGAAUUCAGAAAAAAAAUAUCCGAUAGCCAGGGCAGCAGGUGAUAUUGAGGGCCAGUGAGUAGCCAGGGGUAGAAAUGUCAGAGAAUCCCGUUCUACACUCCUAUAUGUCUCAUAGAAACACUUUGUUUGGUAAGAUCUUUCAGUAGGUCAAGUGGGGAAAAGAGUAUUUAGGCCCAGAGCUUUCUAUCUAAAUUAAUAAAUUGACUCCCAUUAAGAUAGGAAAUAUGGUAGGAGGCUUAAUUAAAUGUUAUGGAGUCUUUCGGUGUAUGAAAAGAUGACAUUUCAGAAUCUCCAGUGGCUUGCCUAAAACUUUAAAAACUAACAUCACAGAUGCACCCACACACACAUGAAUGCAGUGAUACAUGAAUGAAUAGUGUGUGUAGCAUGGAUACACAAGAUGAAGAAAUGGUUUGUUUGUUCGUUUAUUUGUCUUUAGCAGGACAAAGCAGAGUGAGUGGGAUUUCACAGGCUGCUAAAAACAGCACACAUAAGAAAUUGUACUACUUUCCCGAAUUUUCCCUGCAAUACUUUUAUACCAAAGCUAGCCACUGACAGUGUUCAUAUCAAACUAUAUGCACACUUAUGUAGAAGGCAGCUGAUUCCCUGAUGAUCACAUGCCUUUAAGUGUAGAUUCCCUUCAGUAAAAUGCUGAACCAAAUUACAGGCAAAUGAUUCUCUCUUUCACUUAAAUACUUCAUACCAUUUGGAUGGGAGUGGCUCUUCCAUCCUCUUUGUCUUUUGUACGUC